AUGACAAAGCUUGUCAAAGAUAUUCUCAAAGAUUUCAGAGAUGCAUUUCGAAUCAAUCAUUCGAUGGGAAAAGAUACGGAGAAAACACCGCUUCUAUUGUCGAAUAAAGACUUUCGGAAGAGUGAUACUAGUAUAAGUUCCCACUCAAGUGACUCCUCAAUCGAUGAAUCGACUGUCAAGCUUACAAACUAUGGACUCUUCUCUUAUACUCGUGGAAAAGAUUUACUUCUUCUCAUCGUCGGAACAAUCGCCGCAGUUAUUCAUGGAGCCGGAUUCCCACUUCUUGCCAUUGUACUCGGAGGAAUGACAACAGUCUUCUUGAGAGCUCAGAACUCUGGAUUCGUUGUUGGUAUCGAAAAUGUGAACCCGAAUGGAUUGGAACCGAUUUCAAUGGAAGAUUUCAAUGCGGAAGUUGUGAAGUUCUGUAUCUACUAUCUGGUUCUUGGAGUGUUAAUGUUCGUGACGUCAUACAUCCAAAUCGCUUGUUUCGAGUCGUACGCCGAAAAUCUGGUUCACAAAUUGAGACAAAACUAUCUGAAAGCGAUUCUGAGGCAGCAGAUUCAAUGGUUCGACAAGCAACAGACGGGAAAUUUGACAGCGAGAUUGACUGAUGACUUGGAACGUGUUCGUGAAGGAUUAGGAGACAAAUUCGCCCUGCUCGUUCAAAUGUUUGCUGCGUUCCUAGCUGGAUACGGUGUCGGAUUCUUCUACAGUUGGUCAAUGACUCUUGUUAUGAUGGGAUUUGCUCCAUUGAUUGUCUUAUCUGGAGCCAAAAUGAGCAAGAGUAUGGCGACUCGAACAAAGGUUGAACAGGAGACGUAUGCAGUGGCUGGAGCAAUUGCAGAGGAGACGUUCUCCUCGAUUCGAACUGUUCACUCGUUGAAUGGACACAAAAGAGAAUUAGAUAGAUUCUGGAAUGCAUUGGAAGUGGGAAGACAGACUGGAAUUGUCAAGUAUUGUUAUAUGGGAAUCGGAGUUGGUUUCAGUAAUUUGUGCAUGUAUUCUUCGUAUGCAUUGGCUUUUUGGUAUGGAAGUACACUCAUUAUCAACGAUCCUACUUUCGAUCGAGGUCUCAUUUUUACUGUCUUCUUCGCAGUCCUCUCCGGAUCCACGUCUCUCGGAGGUGCUCUCCCACAUCUUGCCAGUUUCGGAACCGCCCGUGGAGCUGCUUCAACAGUUCUCCGAGUCAUCAAUUCUCACCCAAAAAUCGAUCCAUAUUCACUGGAAGGAAUCCUCGUGGACAACAUGAAAGGAGAUAUUUCAUUCCAAAAUGUUCAUUUCCGUUAUCCAUCUCGAAAAGAUGUUCAAGUACUGAAAGGAAUCUCAUUGGAAGUGAAAUCAGGAGACAAGAUUGCUCUGGUUGGAUCAAGUGGAUGUGGAAAGUCAACAAUUGUCAAUUUACUCCAAAGAUUCUAUGAUCCAACGAAAGGGAAAGUCCUGUUAGAUGGAGUUGAUUUGAAAGAAGUGAAUGUUCACAGUCUUCGAGAACAAAUCGGAAUUGUCAGUCAGGAACCAGUACUGUUUGAUGGAACUAUUUAUGAAAAUAUCAAGAUGGGAAAUGAACAUGCAACACACGAUCAAGUGGUUGAGGCUUGUAAAAUGGCCAAUGCUAAUGAUUUCAUCAAAAGAUUACCUGAUGGAUAUGGAACGAGAGUUGGAGAGAAGGGAGUACAACUGAGUGGAGGACAGAAACAGAGAAUUGCCAUCGCCCGUGCCCUUGUCAAAAAUCCGAAAAUCCUUUUACUCGACGAAGCCACCUCAGCAUUGGAUACAGAAGCUGAACGGGAAGUCCAAGCGGCUCUCGAUCAGGCUCAAACUGGAAGAACCACUAUCAUUGUAGCCCAUCGAUUGAGUACAAUCCGAAAUGUUGACAGAAUUUUCGUCUUCAAAGCUGGAAACAUUGUGGAGACUGGAAGUCAUGAGGAGUUGAUGAACAAGCAAGGAGUUUUCUAUGAUAUGACACAGGCUCAAGUAGUUAGACAGCAGCAACAGGAGGCUGGGAAAGACAUCGAAGACACAAUUUCGGAAUCCGCUCAUUCUCAUCUCAGCCGGAAAUCAUCAACAAGAAGUGCCAUUUCAAUUGCUACAUCGAUCCAUCAGUUGGCAGAGGAAGUUGAGCUUGUUGACCCAUUCAACGGUCAAACAAAUCAAGACAUGAUAAGAGCCCGUGUACUGGCGGCUUUUGGGGGUGAAUGCAAAGCUCCGCCCACAUCCAUCUCAAAGAUCUUCAGUUUCAAUCGAGACAAGAUUUGGUGGUUUAUUGGAGGACUGUUUGGUGCUUUUAUCUUCGGAUCGGUUACUCCUGUCUUCGCUUUGGUUUAUGCAGAAAUCUUCAAUGUCUACUCUCUCCCAGUUGAACAAAUGCAAUCGUCUGUGUAUUUCUGGUGUGGAAUGUUCGUCUUAAUGGGUGUCACUUUCUUCAUCGGAUUCUUCAUCUCAGCGAAUUGUCUCGGAAGAUGUGGAGAGUCUCUGACGAUGAAGCUACGAUUCGAGGCAUUCAAGAACCUAAUGAGACAAGAUAUCGCAUUCUAUGAUGAUUUGAGACAUGGAACUGGAAAAUUGUGUACUCGAUUCGCGACGGAUGCUCCGAAUGUUCGAUAUGUAUUCACCCGUCUUCCAGUUGUUCUCGCUUCAGUUGUCACUAUUUGUGGAGCUCUGGGAAUCGGAUUCUGGUAUGGAUGGCAGUUGGCUUUGGUUCUAGUUGUUAUGGUACCUCUUCUCGUGAUGGGUGGAUACUUCGAGAUGCAAAUGAGAUUUGGAAAGCAGAUAAGAGAUACUCAGUUAUUGGAAGAAGCUGGAAAAGUGGCGUCUCAGGCUGUGGAACAUAUUCGGACGGUUCAUUCGUUGAAUCGACAGGAACAGUUUCAUUUCACUUAUUGCGAGUAUUUGAGAGAGCCAUUCAACACGAAUCUGAAACACGCACACACCUACGGAGCCGUCUUCGCCUUCUCCCAAUCUCUGAUAUUCUUCAUGUACGCAGCUGCAUUCUAUCUGGGAAGUAUCUUCGUCAAUCAGCAUGCAAUGCAACCAAUUGAUGUCUAUCGAGUAUUCUUUGCCAUUUCUUUCUCUGGACAAAUGAUAGGAAAUGCGACUUCUUUCAUUCCGGAUGUUGUCAAAGCACGUCUUGCUGCCUCUCUUUUAUUCUAUUUAAUCGAACAUCCAACCCCAAUUGACUCACUUUCGGAGGCUGGAAUUGUCAAGUCGAUCACUGGAAACAUAUCGAUUCGAAAUGUUUUCUUCAAUUAUCCAACAAGAAAGGAGACAAAAGUCUUGCAAGGAUUCACACUGGAUAUCAAACCAGGUCAAACAGUGGCUCUUGUUGGACACUCCGGGUGUGGAAAGUCGACAAUUAUGGGUCUUUUGGAGAGAUUCUAUAAUCAGGAUAAGGGAAUGAUUAUGAUCGAUGGUGACAACAUCCGUAAUCUAAACAUCAGUUCACUCCGUCAACAAGUCUGUAUUGUCAGUCAAGAACCAACACUAUUCGACUGCACAAUCGGAGAGAAUAUCUGUUAUGGAACCAAUCGAAAUGUCACUUAUCAAGAGAUUGUUGAAGCUGCCAAAAUGGCAAAUAUUCAUAAUUUCAUUCUUGGAUUACCGGAUGGUUAUGAUACUCAUGUCGGAGAGAAAGGAACUCAAUUAUCGGGUGGUCAAAAACAAAGAAUUGCCAUUGCGAGAGCACUUGUCAGAUCUCCGUCUGUUCUUUUGUUGGAUGAAGCAACUAGUGCUUUGGAUACGGAAAGUGAAAAGAUAGUACAAGAAGCACUCGACGCGGCGAAACAAGGUCGUACGUGUCUCGUAAUUGCUCAUCGUCUCAGUACAAUUCAGAAUAGUGACGUCAUUGCAAUCGUCAACGAUGGAAAGAUUGUUGACAAGGGAACUCAUGAUGAAUUGAUCAGAAAAUCUGAAAUCUAUCAGAAACUUUGUGAAACACAACGUAUCGUUGAAAGCCAAUAA